AAUGCAUUAAUUCACUUCACUUCAAACAAAAACCAAUUUGAGUUAGUUUAUAAUUUGUUACAUGAUUUUAUAUGGAAACUAUUGAUAAUGUCUGAAUCUCAAGGUUCUUCUUCUUCUUCUAAUGAUUCAGACAUAGAUAAUAACGAUUCAGGUUGUUGUUCCAACAGAUCUAAUCCUUCUGGAGUAGCUGAAUUGAAGCUUUACAGAGCUUUUAUAUUCUCUGUUCCAAUUUUCUUCACUUUGAUUCUUCUUUUUCUUUUCUAUGUUUUUUAUUUGAGACCAAGAAGAGUUGAUUGGUCUUCUAUUAGGAUGAGGUCUGUUUCUGUUCUACAACAUAAUCAUAACAAUGCAAUUUCAACUUCUGAUAUGGGGUUGAAUAAAGAAUUGAGAGAGAUGCUGCCUAUUAUUGUGUACAAUGAAAGCUUCUUUGUCAAAGAUACACAAUGCUCAGUAUGUCUUUUGGAUUACCAAUCAGACGACAGACUUCAACAAAUACCUGCAUGCGGGCAUACGUUUCACAUGAGUUGCAUUGAUCUUUGGCUUUCCAGCCACAGCACCUGCCCUCUUUGUCGUCUGUCGCUACUACCUACUGCUAAAUCUUCAACAGAAACAUCCAAUAUGCAGGCCACAAGCAAUGAAGAAAUAGAGAUGCAACAAAGCAAUGAAGAAACACUAACAAUGGAAUUCUCUGACUCAAGAUCUACUAGGCAUCAAGAAACCACUGUCAUUCAAAAUGUCUCCGGAGAAAUUGUGAUCAGCGCUCACCACAUCAAUGUUGAGGGAGAAAAUGCGAGAAACAACCAAUAGAAACAUGGAGAUAUGCGAGAGUAUUGGGACCAAACCGUCAACAUCAGCAUCACGCCGAAAUCUUUGAUAUAUUCCUUGUGCUAAAUUGCAACAAGAUCAUGGAUUUCUUUUUCCUUAUGGUUCUUUACAUUGUAGUAUUGUCAUUAUAUGAGAGUUAUGUAUCAUUUAUCAACAUUUAAUUCAAAUUUUUCUAUGAUGUUGAAGGUUACAUUAAAAAAUUGAAAUUUGAAGUCACUUGAUCA